AUGGUCACACACCAGGGCUCUAUUCGAUAUACCAACUCUGCCAACGCAUCAACCAUUACGACUCGACCCAGGGUGCAGAACGGGUACAUCUACUGGAUCUACAGCUCCAGCCAAACAAGCCAGACUGUCUACCUCGAAGGCGAAGGGUUCCCGCUCCGGCUGAAUCUGUGGACAGGACAAGUCUCGCCGAUCGCCUCCUUCAAGACUGCGGCUGGAUACACAGCGAUCAAUGUGACCAUUGGCCAAAAUGGCGCCGAGGCAAUUUUUCUAGGCCGUCCGAAUCCAUAUGGAGUGAAGAACCUGAAUCGCCACCUCGUCGCUACCGACGCAGAGGGCAUCACAGACGAAGAUGGCAAGGUCUAUGUGCGCGCAACCAAGAAUGGAAACCACUCUGCCCAGCUGUCUACCGGUCAAACGGCGGCCGUCCGAUUCUAUUCUAUCCCAGGCCCGAUUGUACCCACGCGGUGGUCCCUCACCGUCGAAGACUGGUCACCGGCAGUCGCCAACGCAACCGGACGAGACUCGCCUCUCACAGACAAGACCACUCUGUCUCCAGUGACUCUAGAAACGCUGCGGUCCUGGCAUAACAUCUCAGGACGUGAAUAUGCCAGCGGCGUAGGAACCUACAGGACAACAGCGAACCUAACCCUCACUCAGCCCCGAGGGUCGCAGAAGCCGCAGUCGCUGGGGGUUUACCUCUGCGUCGGAGACGUGCAAGGAUCGUCGAGCCUCAGGAUCAAUAACCAGGUUGUCCCCGGCCUCGACUUUUUCAACUCGGCUCCUCUGGAUGUGACUCGGCACCUUCGCGACGGAGAGAAUGAUUACAGUCGCGACAACGCUAUGGAACAAGCUUCGAAAGACCUGGCCAGCCUUGUGCGGGGCGGCGGGGCGUUGGAGCCCGAAAAGAUUGGGCUGCUGGGACCGGUGACUUUGACGUACUACGCGCAGGAGCAGGUUGUGUAA